AUGCCAUGUACAAAAUGUAGAUCAGAUUUUAAUUUAUUUAAUUGGAAAAUAAAGUGCGGAGAGUGCGAAGAUAAAUAUUGCAAUAAAUGUCUGAAGAGGAGAGAAGGGGUAUUGUAUUGCGAAAAAUGUCUAAUUUUGUUGAAACGCCCACCUGACAGGUCGAAGUUGAUGGAGCUGAAAUCGAAGGAUCUGCAAGACUAUUUAAAUAAGAGAAAUAUAUCUACAUACGGUUUAGUCGAGAAGCAAGAAUUGGUAGAUUUAUUUUGUAAUAAACACAUACCCGAAAAACCCAAACGGGGCGUGGAGAAACUCACAGCGAAUUUUGCUGGUUCAUUACCUAAUUUAAGACCAUUAAAUGAAAUUUUUGGUAAUAUAGAGUCUAUUAUAACAAACGAUGGCAAUUCAACAAGACAAGGUAGGCCGCCGAGACAGGAUCAACCCCGCUCCACACCCAGAUCUCCACAAUCACCGCAAUCUCCACAACAUCCACCGAUGUCCAAUUCGACACCUCAGUCACCUCAAAAUCACCCCAGCCACACACCGCCUAGUCCACAGUCGCAACCAACUACCUCUACAACGGCUCCAGACCACAGAACGAAUAUAACUGAGGAGGAGCCACCAGCGCAAGGAAGCCCUCUACCUCCUAGGUACCCGAAGAUUGAAGAUUUCGGCAGUGCCGAAGAAUUACAUAAUCUAUCAUCAAAAGACUUGAAAAUAUUAUUAACCUUAAAUAGAGUAGAUUUCAAAGGAUGCGUGGAAAAGACAGAAUUGUUAGAAAGAGCUGAACGACUUUGGGAAGAUACAAAUGAUUCAAAGAAAGAGAUUCCAGAAAACCUACCCAUCCAAGAUCUCUGCAAAUUGUGUAUGGAUGCACCCUUAGACUGCGUUCUACUGGAAUGUGGCCAUAUAGCAACGUGUACGGACUGUGGCAAAAAACUAGCAGAGUGUCCUAUAUGUCGACAAUACGUAGUUCGAGUAGUCAGAACGUUUAAAGCAUAA